CGACGCUUUUAGCAAUAAAAAUGGACAAGCUUCCUGUGGAGGUGUGGCAGCUGGUGUUCAGCAAUCUAUCUACCCCAGACCUGGUGCCUGUGUGUCGCUUGAACCGCGCUGCGAAUAGAAUUGCUCAGGAAUCACUCUACUCUGAUAUUGAGUUGAAAUGGACACCGCUUGGUCCACCAGUGCAGAUAGUUCCGCUCAUACAGAAACUGGCAAGGAGACCAGAUCUUGCCAGCCGUGUAAGGAGUUUGAUACUGACAGGUUCUCGGCCAUGUAGGCAUCUUCAGGGUGGUGUGAUUACCAUACCUGAAGAUCAUUACCAAGAACUCAUCGACGUCAUUAUGCCUUUUGGCGCCGGUUAUAGCACAGAUUGGAUUACUGGUCUCAUGCAUGGUAGAUUGGAUGCCUUUGUAGCAGUGCUACUUGCUCAGCUACCCAACAUGGUUACACUCGAGCUCACUUAUCAAUUUGCACGAGACAUUGACUUCUUGUGCAGGCUUUUCUGCUACCGAUAUACUCAUGCAAUGCUGAAAGAUGCGCCGGUCCUCUUUUCUCGCUUAACGCAUGUCAAUUUUCAGCCGUAUUUGGGUAAUCACUCUCCUUGGAGCUCGGGGAAUAUGUACGAAGCAUCGUGCUUUUUUUAUCUCCCGGCCGUACAACAUUUGGAAACGGAGAUGUUAGGUCCGCACCAAUUUUCAUGGCCACUACUGGAGCUGCCGGAUCCAAUCAAUCUGCGAUCCCUCAAGCUUAUCAUUAGCCGCAAGGGUUUCACUAGGCGUAUCCUCCAGCGCACGACGAAUCUCCAAUCGUUGGAUUGGGUACUGCCCACCAUCAUCGAUGAAAGCCACGUUGCUGUUGUAUUACAACAUCUCGAUCUUCAAACUGUUGGCUUGAAUCUACACCCUGUGGCAGAUAGUUUAACAAGCCUGAAUCUCGACAUUGGUGGCUACCAUGGUCUGAGUUACUACUUUAGUACCAUCUACCAGACUAUCGCGCUCAAAGAACUGAAUCUUCGGCCGCUCUCUCAGCUACGAACGAUUGAGGCACCUUUAGCAUUUCUGAUCGGGCUCUCACCCGAUGACCUUCUGACACCUUUACACGAACGCCUACCGCCCAGUCUCGAACAUCUCACCCUGAAAGACACUUUUGGAAAUACCAAUUGUAUCGAGUGGCAAAGCAAGGAUGAGUUUUCUGUUUUCGAGAACUGGUGGACAAGCCUUGAGCUAUACACGCCGCGUUUUAUCAGCUUCAGGUUACAGCUUGAUUGGGCCAAGGAAAAAUGGCUGCUGGAAGAAAGGUUGGCGCUGCAGGAGCUUGGUACUGAACACGGCAUCAAAGUAACUGUACAGAAGAUAUAUGAAGAUGUGGUCUAAGUUCCAAUAGCCCUUGGAGUAUAUUAUUCGUGAUUAUAUACAUAUUAUUCUAUUCGCAGCCCUCGGGCACAACGCACACGUCUUGCACUGGGCAUGUCCGCCAAAGAACCUGCUUCACCUCCUCAAAUACCCGAGUCGGGGUGUCCAUGGCCCAUAGCACAUCCAGAUGCUCAUACUCUUCAAUCACAGUCUUAUGGAUAACGGUAACAAGCGGUUCUCGUCCAUUCUCCAGACGCCGCAGCCACCUCCGGCCAUCAACAAGUUCGUCUCUACCACACACCCAAAACGCCAUGGGUGGCGCUCGGGCAUCAUACCACGCCGAUUUCCGUUUAUCCGACUGCAAACCAUCUGUUUUGGGUUCUGCGUCAGCAGCUUCUUCGGCUUGACAGGUCUCUUUCGUGGCGAGGAUGCAACCGUGUCGAGCAAACCCAUCUCGGCCGAGCCACCACCGCAUCGCCUCAGCGCUGACAUAUACCGGAGCAAACUGAAACUGUCGAUCGCGUAGACCACGAUCCCAUCGAUUAUCUGACCAAUCGAACAGAAACGAAAACACUUUAUAUCCUAGCCAUCCGUAUAACCGUGGCGGCACCACCGAAUGCAUCGUCAUCAUAGAGGGUAUAAAAGCGUGCAUGCCAAAGAUGAGCCGGUACAGCUUCGGCGGAAGCAGAUUGAUCAAUUUCAAGUAAAUCUUGUUUAAUAGAGGCCCAGCAUACACUGCCGGUGCCAGAGCGCAAAACACGGAUAUUUUUUCUCCUAGUUCCGGGCGCUGGUCCUUUGCCAGCGCCACAAACGUCUGCGUCGUCCCUUGCGAGUGACACACUAGACCAAUCUUUUCAAAGCCUGUUGCUUCACGGACUCUAUCGACAAGCGCAGAGAGAUCAUAGACGCCCAUGUCGCGAAUAUUCCACGCCCACAUGCGCGGGUCGCUCGUAUGCAGGGUCUCGUGGCCUGGCACGAAGCCGCAGCGAUUAUUGCCCAGCCAGACGUCAAAGCUAGCCUUGGCGAGCCAAAAGGCAAGCGAGGCAUCAUCGUUGCAGCAGAAUGCGCCUGAACUUUGUAACAGCCCGUGCAUCAGCAGUACCGGCAUUCUCUUCUUCUGUAAAGGUGGUUCAUUGGGAUUCACAACGUGCUGCAUGUCAAGAUGGAAUCCGUCCUCCGUGACAACCUUGAAGGUUUCCACGUCUAAGCCGACUCGGCGGGCGUAAUAUCCUACAUCGCAAACUAUAGGAUCCUUUCCGCCCUCUGUUGGUUUGAACUGUUCAGCUGUGCCCUCCUGGUCCUCGCCUAGUGACGUGACCGACGCGCGACGAUGCCAUGCACUAUCACGCCUCUUCCGAUCUUGUGUACGCUUGAUUUGUUCGGCAUAUAACGGGCGAUUGGUGCGAUGAUCGCGCAGAGUAACUUUAUAAAAGAGCUUGCGACAUGCCCCGGGGAUACUGGUGACGAGCGAGGCUACCACAAUGGAAAGGAGGUAGGUGAGGCUGAGAACGAACGAUGUAGCGCGGAAGAAGAGGCUUCGAAGGCGGCUACGGCGAGUUGCUGGCGCCGGGUACGUCGGAAGCGGUGGAAAUAGUGGGUGAGGCGAAAGAAUAUGCUUUUUAACAGUUUGCGCGGCGUCGAUGGCGCUCAGCGCGAUGUCGUCACUCAUGUGUCGCGUGGUGAUGUUGAUAGGGGGGCUUGCUAAGGCGCCGUGUGUUUCUUCCAGCGGUCAAUUGCGAGGUUCCAAGGAGUAAAAUUGGUCUUUCACAU